UUAAAUUCAAUUUUCUUCUCUUUUUUGUUUGUUGAAAGUAGAUUGGAACAGAUAUCCCCAAUGGCCUAGUAUCUGGAAAUCGACAAGAAGUAUAAAAUGGGAGGAGAACGAGCUUACUCAUUCUCGUAUCAUCGAUCGGUUUACGACGAGCACGCCGGCGAACGACGACCUCUUGUCGAAGAUCGGAGGAGAACGGCUGCACCACCAUCACACCUCACAGCAAAACGAUUUCCACGACAGUACGGCAAUUACGGGAUGACAAACUGCGGUGCUGAAUCAACAUCGGCACCGCCACAAGCAAACGGACAUCUUCGGCCACCAGGCAUUCAACCACAUCGGAAUCCAUUCACACCGCCACCUCUUCCGUCUCCUGAUGAGUUUGAUGACGCGAUUAAUUGCUCACCGUGUUGUGAUGAUCCGAAUGUUAGCCGAACAUUCAAAGCAUUAAUAUUGGGACAAAUUCUAUCACUAUGCUUAUGCGGAACGGGUGUCUCUAGUCAAUUAUUGGUUAAUCAAAAUGUCAAUGCACCAGCUGCCCAAGCUUUCUCCAACUACUUCCUUCUCUGUUUCGUGUAUUGUAUCUCGCUAGCGUGUAAAAAUGAUGAAAACGGUUUGGUAGUUGUGCUUCGGAAACGAGGAUGGAGGUAUCUGAUAUUGGCGAUUAUUGAUGUUGAAGCAAAUUACAUGAUCGUCAAAGCAUAUCAGUACACAAAUUUGACAUCUGUACAGUUAUUAGACUGUGCAACUAUUCCGACAGUUCUCUUCCUUUCCUGGUUGUUUUUAUCGGUUAGGUAUUUGGCUUCACAUAUUCUUGGCGUAACAAUCUGCAUAAUCGGUAUCGCAUGUGUCAUUUGGGCGGAUGCACUGGGUGACAAAGGAGCACUGGACGGUGGAUCGAACAAAGUUCUCGGGGAUAUUCUGUGUCUAGCGGCGGCUGUAAUGUAUGCGAUAUGUAAUGUAGCAGAGGAAUUCCUUGUGAAACAGCACUCUAGAACAGAGUAUCUCGGAAUGCUUGGACUCUUUGGAUGUAUUGUUUCCGGUGUGCAGACAGCCGUAUUCGAACAAGAAGCCUUGUCGAAAAUCGUGUGGGAUGGGACUAUUGUCUCCUAUUUUGCGUUGUUCGCCUUUUCAAUGUUCAUAUUCUACUCAUUGGUUACUGUAGUUCUGCAGAAGACGUCCGCAUUGAUGUUCAAUCUAUCGACACUGACCGCCGAUUUUUAUUCGCUCUUGUUUGGAAUCUUUAUGUUUAAGGAUACGUUCCACUACCUGUACUUUGUUUCAUUCAUCGUUUGCAUAAUCGGAUCCGUAAUUUAUUCAAUGAAAGAGACACAAGUUCGCGAUGCGGAUGAACCCCGACGAGUAUGUCCGUGCCUUUUUGUGUGUUGCUGUUGUUGCGGGUGCUGUUUUGAGGAAGGAGAUAGUACCGAAGGAUCCAUUGAUGUAUCACCAUCUCCAAAUGAACGAAUGCAGAUGGGCCUGAACCCACGUGGCUCAAUGAGCCCAUGUCCUGUACACGGUGGAAGUCAGCAACUAUCCCACUUAUAGUUUUUUGACUAUUCCUUUCGAAUUUCCUUUCAAUUUGUUACGUGUUACCAAGAUUCACCUCUUUCCGUUCUUUUUUUUAAAUAUCAAUUGGUUUGCAUUGUUUCAAGUGCCCCCUGAUUUCUGCUCCUUAAUUCACUUAUCUGUUUUCUCACGGGUUUAGGAUAUUUUUUCUGUUAUUUUUUUUGACUAUGGAAUUAUAAAGAAAAUCGAAUUUCAAA